CAGUCGGGCGGGGCAUGAUCGGACUCUUGUUGCACAGAGAAAGCUAAGCUGGUUCACACCAGACGAUUUACACUUGAACAAAAACACUUUCAGUGUGAGAAGGCUGCCUCCAGUUUGAUCCGUCCGAGUUAAGCAGAACAUAACAGGUGCCCGAUGAAGUUUUGCAAGCCCAGACUUUAUACUUGUUGGCGUUGCACAGACAAUGAAGAGGGCGAAACGCGGCGGCGGCGGCACCAUACUGAGGAGGAGGAUGUAGGAUAAGCGUGAGUGGUUGGGACUACUGGCAUCCAGCACACCCGGAAGACAAAAAGGCCGAAAAAGAACAUUCGGGCCGAAGAUAACGAGCAGUAAAAGGGCAGCGGCGGCGGCGCGGGGAGAGAAGGAAAAGGAGAGCAAGGGAGGCUGGAUUUCCUAGGAGGAAGUACUCUAGUCCAAGCAUGAUCAUGGCAGGAUCCAAAGAGGUCGUUGUGGGCUCUUCAGUAACCUUGACUCUUCCUGGAGUCUCUGAAGAACUAAGCAAGUCCUUUCCCUGGACAAACAAGAAAAGGAAGAGUGGCCUUUCCAGGCUCUGCAGGAAGAAAACAUUUUUGUCAGAAAAUGGAUGGAAUUCCUAUUGCUUAUCUUCAUUAGCUGCCCAGAACAUUUGUGCUAGCAAACUUCAUAACUCUUGGACUCAUUUGGAAACUACUUCCCUUUCUUGUUCAAUAUGCAGUAACUCUUCUUGUUCUCUCUCAAAUGCCCUGGCUUUGGGAGAAUCCAUCCAGGCCCUGGCAACUGCUGUGCGCAACCCAAACAAAGCUGUUCUCACUGUGGAUGUCAGAACAACUGAGAUUCUAGUUGUAAAUGACAAAGCCUGCAGGCUUCUUGGUUACAGUACUCAGGAAGUGAUUGGCCAGAAAUUAUCUCAGAUGAUUUCAAAAUCGAAUUGGGAUAUUAUGGAAGCACUAAAGGAGGAACAUGCUGAAGAAUAUGAAGCAGUAGUUCCUGGAACUGUGGUAGAUGUUAUUUCCCAUAAUAAUGAAAAGAUGCCAGUCUCUAUAUGGAUGAAAAGAAUGAAAACCCAUUGCAGUCAGUAUUGUGUAGUUGUUAUGGAGCCUGUGGAAAGAUUUUCUGCCUCUGUUUUCUUCACAAGCAAAGGAGAGAUUACUUCCUGUGACCCCCUUUUUGCUCAUCUCUAUGGCUAUUCAUCAUCAGAAGAUGUGGUUGGACAGUACAUAACAGAUAUGAUCCCAUCUAUUCAGAUUCCUGAACCUGGCAAGAAAAUACCAAAGAAUAUCAAGAUUCAGAGAUCUGUUGGCCGAGCAAGGGAAGGGACAACAUUUCCUCUCAGCCUGAAACUGAAACGGAAUUUACCUGUUGAAGACAUCCCAGCACUAAAUAACCUGACACCAGUAGUUGAUGCCGAAAUUUUAGAAGAUGGUACAACAUCCUUGCCUGUAGAUUGUUCUUUCUGUGCUUCCAUCUGGGUGUUCACCACCAUCAGUGGAUUGAUAACUGUUCAGGCGGAUGGUACAAUUUAUGGAAUCAAUAACACAUUUUCUCUAAUGCUCUUUGGUUAUGAGAAAAAGGAGCUGCUAGGGAAGAACAUCACAUUCUUGAUUCCUGGUUUUUACAAGUACAUGGAUAGAGUGGAUGACUCUUCUUUGCAACUACCACAAUCUAAAGAAAGUUAUGAUGUGGAGACAGAAAAUGUGAGCUCCUCCGGUGACUUUAAAGCAAUCGAGGUAGAUGGCUUUGGUAUAGUGGAAGGUAGUGAAGGCACUAUCCCAUUCCUUGCAGGAGAUGUCUCUUUGCUGCAAGAGCAACACGAAUUAACAAGGAGUGAUGGAGUAGAGCACUAUACUAGGAAGGAAACCCGGCCAGAGAGUGGGAAUAGUUUGUACUCUGUUCUGUCAUUUCCCCCAGAAGUAGCCACAUCACUGAAAGGCAAAGACGAUACACCUAGCAGCAAUGUGUUAGCCCAUCGUGAUGUGCUGCCUCCUGAGAGUCCACAUGAUGGAGCCUGUGCUGAGACAGAAAUGACAAAAUCUACUAAUUGCCAGCAAUAUGAAGUGUGUUCUCCAAAACAGUUUCAUUCAGAACCAUGCAUAUUAGAAGACAGAAAUAAACUGCAAGGCAGGAAUCCUGCCAGAUAUGCAUCUGACCUCAUUGGGGAAGAUGAUGAUCCUUUGGAUAUACGUGACUCUGGUUCACCACCUGAAAUAAUGAAGUGUCAGUCUGCCACUACAUCAAGGAGUGAUGGAUCAGAGUUCCACACUAGGAAGGAAACCCAGCUGGACAGAGGGGGUAGCCUGCCUUCUUUUGUGUCGUCUCUUCCAGAGUCAUCUACACCAUUGAAUGGAAGUGACUAUACACCUAGCAGUGAUGUGUUGGCCCAUAAUGAAGUGUUGCCUUCCAAGAGUUCAUAUGAUGGAGGCUGCACUGUGACAGAGGCUACAAAACUUAAUAACUAUCUGCAGUACAAAGUAUAUUCUCCAGAACGGUUUCAUUCAGAAUCAUGCAUAUUAGAAGAGAGAAAUAAACUGCGAGAUAAGAAUCUUGCAAAGUGCACAUCUGAUCUAGUACAUAAAGAUGAUGACCUUUUGGAUUUACACAGUUCUGGUUCACUAUGUGAAGUCAUGAAGUGCCAAUCUGCCAUUACAUCUUCAGAAAGAGAGAGUUUUGUCAUGGGUGAUGUGACUUCUGUUACAUGUCUAUUAGAAGAUGAUUUAGGACUUGAGGCAAGGGUGACAAGUGAUGCCGUGCAUAUGUCAUUUGGGACUCCCACAAUGGAUGAGUCAAUGCGCAGAAUAGCAUCUAGUUCCAAACAAGCCCAUGGAGUGAUAGAUCAACUGCCACCAGCAAAUUUGACAGGUAGCACAAAAAACUUCAGCUUUGAAAAUAUUUCACUAGAAAAUUCAGCAAAAGAUUCAUUAGUUUUCCUGUCUGAUGAAAGAAGCAGCAGCCCUCCUGUUCCAGCAGGAUCAUUAAUAGGUUGUGAUGCCCCUGCAUUGGCAAUUGUGGUUAAUAAGAAGCCAGGUGAUGGGGUGGAUUCUGUUUGCUGUAGCCUGACAGACCUGUCUCUGAGGAUUAGUGGAGAGGCGAAUUCAGACUCCUCUACUGCCUCUAGACCAAGAAAGCUUUCCUUGUUAAGUGAGGAAGAUCUUCACCAGGCAAAUAAUAGGUCUGCAAGCGAUCAAGUAGAGUCCCUGCAGUAUGGUAAUUCUCCGGUAGGCCAUCGGAAGAGCUUACUGUCUACUGAGCAUUCGGGGUAUGCUGAUGCAGAUUUCUCUGCAUGCUGUACUUCAGAGGGUGAAAGUACUGCAGAGAAAAUGGGGAAUCAUCUAGAAAGAUAUUCACCACACAGUGAUGUACAGUCCCAGGAAGAAUUCAUGCCAUUCACGCAGCAGAACGUGGCACAGGUAACAUCAACUCCUGUGAAACAAGAAGCUGUAUUGUCCCCAGCAAUUACUUUGAACAAUGAGAUCCUGGAGGGCAGCUAUUCGGGUAACUGCUACCACAGAGAUGGUUCCCGACUAGGUAUAUUGUUUGAAGUAAAACGUGUGGAACUGCACAACCCUGCUGCUCUCUUCUGUAUUUGGGUUAUGAGAGAUCUCUUUCAGAGCCGAAAACAAGCAGCAGCAAAAACACAAUUGUUGCUUUCCAGUUUGGCCAGUUCCUCCCAAACCCUAGGUGAUGUUUCUGUACUUAGCUUGGCAGAAUUGAUCAAAGCAACACCCUUGUUUGAGAAUUCACGAAGAGCUGAAGAAUUAGAAAGACUGAAUGCUUCUGAAGGAGACUAUGGAAAGAAGUAUGAUACACUGACACUCAUUGGCAGAGGAGCUUUUGGAUUUGUUUGGACAGCCAGGUGCAAAAAUGAUCGCCAGGAGGCUGUAGUGAAAUUCAUUUGGAAGGGGAGGGUAUUGGACUACUGCUGGGUAGAUGAUCCUGAGCUGGGGAGAGUUACUCAAGAGAUUACAAUUCUGAGGAAGCUUCAGCACCCCAAUAUUAUUAAGGUGCUAGAUGUCUUUGAGAAUCGGCAGUUUUUUCAGCUAGUGAUGGAGAAGCAUGGGUCAGGCCUGGAUCUCUUCACAUUCAUUGAUAACCAGCCUGAUCUGGAUGAGGCUUUAGCAAGUUACAUAUUCAGACAGCUGGUGUCUGCCGUGAACUAUCUGCGCUGUAGGAAUAUCCUUCACAGAGAUAUCAAAGAUGAGAACAUCAUAAUUGCUGAAGAAUUCACUAUCAAGCUAAUAGACUUUGGCUCAGCCGCAUACCUGGAACCUAACAAGCUGUUCUAUACCUUUUGUGGGACAAUUGAGUACUGCUCACCAGAAGUGCUCUCAGGAAAUCCGUACUUGGGACCAGAACUGGAGAUGUGGUCACUUGGUAUAACUCUUUAUACCAUAGUCUUUGGAGAAAAUCCUUUUUGUGAGCUGGAAGAAACCAUGGAUGCUGUACUAAGACCUCCUUACAGUGUGUCUGAUAACCUGAUGAAUCUGCUGACUGGGCUCUUGCAGCCUUUUCCAGAGGAUCGCACAACUCUAGAAAUGAUAGUGGAGGAUCCUUGGGUGACGCAACCCGUGAACAUCACUAAUUACACAUGGGAGAAAGUGUAUGCCUCUGCCAAGCCAGGAAGCAACAAUUUCAAAAGUCAUUCUAUAGGCUGUAGUCAUGGUGCCAUCUGGGCCGUUCCAAGUCUGGACAGUGAGCAGAGCUUUAGUGAUGAUGCCAGUAAUUAUGAGCUGAUGGAUCCCCAGCUGACAAGAACUACCAGUGCAACGGACCAAGAGCCAUCAACCUCUGCGGCGCAAGACCCAUCAACCUCUCUCUGUUGUCAGGAGUAGUGAAAAUUGUACGCUGGACAUUUCUCUCUUGUUGAAUAAUAUCUCCUUAUACUUAAGUGCUUAAAAAGAUGCCAUGAGGACAUGAAAUUCUGACAAACUUACUGGCUAUGUUUUGAGGCAGAAUAAUGGAGUCACAGCAGCAGUUCACUGCCCACUGUGAGCACCUGUCACACCUGCUGGCUCCUUCGACAUAUAUAUGUGGGCAUCUCUUUUUCACAAUGCCUAUAUGCAAAAAGUGCUCAUAGACUCGAAUAGCAUGACAAAUAUGCUGCAUAGAAUCUGGGAAUCUACCAUGUGAUUCAAGCCUAUCCACUGGAUUUUGUAUGUGUGCAGGCAUUAUGUAAGUAAUACCUACACUUGGAGAUUAGGCAGUCCUGGAGAAGAGACAGCAGAGGCUCACAGUAAAGGGUGGGGCAGACAGGUAACCACAAUCCCACUUCUCUGCCAUGCAUAGCCAGUACAUUCAUGGGAGUUGGCCCAUCCUCUAUUAAGUUAAUCACAACAGAACCUUUAUUUCAAAAGUGGCUUAGAGUGCUAAACUCUUAAAUGUAGGUGUCCUACACUCUAGACAUCUUUGGAGUUUAGGGGAGGGAGGCCACAAGCGGUGUCAUUUGGGCAUGCAUUCUGCUUGAGAUGACUGAUAAUGUGAAUUAAUAUAACACUCAGUUCUUGGUUUCUUGGAUGACCCUGCUUCUGAGGACCACAUAUUAGUGCUGACGUUUUGUAGCUGGUAGACAUAAAUGGGAGUUCAAAUACUCCUUGCCCAUCAAGAGAAAAUAAACUUUUCUAAUGUUUUAUUCAGUUACUGCAUUCAAAAUUAGAGUCUUCCUCUUUGUCCAGAAAAGAACCCUAUUUCUGACUGUGAUUUUAAUUACCUAAAUAUCCUGACUCUGCUUAAAGAAUCAGGCAUUGGAUAGUUCAUAUUCAGUAGGCUUAGUACAUCCUCUUUUUUAAAAAAAAGAAAUUUUACAUACAGUCUGCAGAUGAUUUGCAAAAUGUUAAUUUUCUUGGAAGUAUUAGAUAUUUUAUAUAUUCUAAGAACAAAACAGCAACCUGCAUUUUAUAGAUCUCUUUUGAACUCUUUUUGGAACAGUUCAUUGUUUUUUUCAAGUGAGCUGUACUCUAGCACAACUCAAGAUUAUUUCUCUGUCCUAGCUCCAUUUCUGGAUGACCUGAGAAUUGAACACUCUUGAAAAGAGUUGGUAUAAGUUGUAUUUGGCCCUAAUGCACCCAGAACUAGGUACUUCAAUAAUAUAACUAUAUUCAAAUUAUUUUUUACAGAAUAGGCCUUACUGCUUUUAAUUUUAGUGGACUCCAGCUUAGAAGUUGAUUCUGUGGAGCACACUUCCCAUGUUAGCCUUCAUUUCCUUCAUCUUGAAGGAAUUUAUCAAAUCAGUCUGUAUAGUAGAGAAGUACUUAAAAGUCAUGUUAGCUCUGUGUGUGUGUGCGUGCGUGUGUGUGUGUGUGUGUGUAUAAUGGAUGUUGUGUAGGUACCUCUAACAGAGUAUUAUAUUCUGCCCCUAAAAGAUACAUACUCAUAGCUGUAUCUUGGUACUUGUUCCUGGAGGGCAGUGUUUUCUGGGCAAACUCUACUAAGUGUCCCAAACACUAAAGAGAUGUGUUCUAGAAAACUGAUGCAAUUAAAGAGUAACCCAAGAAAACCUUACUGAAUGCUGUCACCUUGGAGCAAAACAAUUUUGACAGUGUGAUUGUGAGGUAUCUUUAAACAAUCUAGCAAGUGAUGUGUCAAAUUUUACUGUAGGCUGUUUCUUAAAACAUACAACUUUAGAAUAUAAAGUAUCUUAUUGAAUGCUAAGAAUUUCCAUCUUAAUUGUGCUGAAUCACUUUGACAAAGUGAACAGAAUGUUAGUAUGUAUUUUGUGUGUGUUUACUAAAGGCUCUUGUCAUUAACA